AUGAGAAUUUUCAUCGGUAGGAGUCCACGUAGUAUUGUACUGUCUUCUAAUGGCUAUAAUCUGUCAUUUAGGAGAAUCUUUGGCGUUUCUGGGAACCAGCAGCAACAGCAACAGAAUAUAAAGACGCCGGUCGUUGCUCUAAAAUCCAUUCCAGAUCAUGAAUUAACGGAAGAGAAUGGUUACGUUGAAAUCAAGAAUCGGAUUUUGAAUGGGUUACUUGGGUUAGUCUCUGUCAAUGGUGAUCUGUUCGUAGCCGUUAUCACAGGUGUGCAGAAAGUGGGAUUCCCGAGAUGGCGGCAAGAAGAUGGACAUAUUGUCACUACAGAAAAUGUCUACAAAGUUCUAGAUGUUGAUUUCCACAGUUUGGAUACCCCCGUAUUUGACAGUUUAUUCCAAGAAAUUUCAGAACAAAAUUACGAAAAGUUAACCAACGAACACCCCUGUGGUGCUUUCAAAAAACUGUUUAGUGAUGGGACCUUUUACUUCUCAAGGAAUUUUGACAUUUCAAAUGUGCUGAAAAGCCAUGGUUUAGCACAUAGUAUGGAUUACACUAUUGACAAUCAGGACAAAAAUUUUAUUUGGAAUUCGAACUUAGUGACUGAAUUAAUUAAUUGGAGGAGCCGCAUUGCUGCUGAGGAAAAGCAAUGCUUUGAUGGUGAAUUUCUUACUUUUCUAAUGAGAGGAUUUUACAAGACUCAGGUAGUGGACAUGGUUGAUUCUCUGGCAACGAUUACUUUGGUUUCUAGAAUCUCAGCAGAAAGUAAACAAAAUGCCUUUGAUUUGGAUGGUAUUGAUGAAGAUGGUAGGGUGUCCAAUUUCAUUGAGACUGAAAUAAUUGUUACUACUAGCAAUUUUAUUUUCUCAUAUACACAGGUGAAUGGUAACGUACCGCUUUUCUGGGAAACCACUGAGGGACAGCUUUUGUACGGGAGAAAACUCAAGUUGACGAAGAGCCUUGAACAUACUCAAGCUGCAUUUGAUAGACAUUUUGAUAAUAUUGCGUCCAAAUAUGGUGUUGUUAGUGUUGUCAACCUGAUGAAACCUAAGAGCGAAUCUCAAGAAUCCUUGGGAAACGGGUAUAAGACCUGUGCUGAUUUAAAGGGAAUAAAAUUUACCAAUGUAGAUUACGGGUCUGGUCUUUUAACGAAAACACCACAUAAAUUGCUCUAUUUAUUGAAGCAGGACAUUUAUGAAUUUGGAACUGUGGUCUACAAUAGGGACAAAGGUGUUUACAUAGGAAAACAGACGGGUGUUUUUCGAAUUAGUGCAUUCGACUCAAUUGAAAGGCCUAAUACUGUAGAGAGACUCGUGAGUCGAGAGGUUCUUGAGCUAGCCACUAACGAACUUUCCGGUCUAGACAUUACCUCAGCUUUCCUUAAGGUGCAUGAUAGGCUUUGGUCAGAGAAUUAUUAUUGGAUCGAAAGAACUUAUUCUAAAAAUGUUCGAAAUCCAGGGAAGUACAAAAAGAUUUACACUAAAUUAUUCAGCUCCAAGAUUAAACUUUAUGACCCUCUUCAUUCUACAAUUUCACAUCAUUUGCGUCAAAGAAGGUCUACGUAUACUUUUGAAAGAAACAUCAGCGUUUUUGCAGGAACUUUUAACCUAAGCGGCAAAGUUCCUGCAGAGGAUUUAAGCAGUUGGAUUUUUCCUGAACCAGGAAGACAGGAAGAUAUGUAUGUUAUUGGUUUGGAAGAAGUGGUUGAACUUACACCGGGCCGUAUGUUGACGACGGAUCCUUACCUGAAGCAGCACUGGGAAAAAAUCAUAUUAAGUCAUUUGAACAGUUCUGGCGAAAGGAAGUACGGUUGCCCGUGGAGCAGUCAACUGGGUGCGAUUAUGUUGAUGCUUUUUGUGAGUGAAACGCAGUAUCCUAGGGUCAAGCACAUUGAAGGUGAUGUUAAGAAGACAGGGUUCGGUGGGAUGACUUCAAAUAAGGGAGCAGUCGCCGUGAGUUUCAAAUAUUCUGCAACGAAGUUUUGUUUUCUAGUUUCCCAUUUAGCUGCUGGGUUAGAAAAUGUUGAACAGCGUCAUAAUGACUAUAAAACCAUCGUUAAAAAUAUUAGAUUUCCAAGUAGUUUACGGAUAAGGGAUCAUGACGCUAUUAUUUGGAUGGGUGAUUUCAAUUACAGAAUUUUGAUGCCCAAUGAGGAAGUAAGAAGACUCAUUGUAGAGAGAAAAUACGGAAGCCUCUUUGAGAAAGAUCAAUUGAACCAACAGAUGAUCGCUGGUGAAGCUUUUCCUUACUACAAUGAAAUGGAAAUCAACUUUGAUCCUACUUACAAGUUUGAUCCAGGAACUAAAACAUAUGAUACCAGUGAAAAGAUGCGUAUUCCAGCAUGGACCGAUAGAAUCCUUAGUAGGGGUGAGGUUUUGAAACAAUUAACAUACGGAUGCGCCCCGGAUAUUCUCUUCUCAGAUCACCGACCAGUAUAUGCAACUUUCUCUGCUCAAGUUACUGUGGUUGAUGAACAAAAGAAGGCAGCAUUAUCCUCUUACAUAUAUAGUAAGAUUGCCGAAAAGUUAGCCACGAUUAAUGAAGAAGAAAAAAUAGCAAUCCUAAAUGCUGGUGGUCCUUUGAUUGAUGGUAUUGAUGAAGAAAGCGUUAGUACUGUCCAUGAGGACACACCUGCAAGCGCCAAGCAUAAGAGAACGCUUAAACCGCCAAGCUCAGAACUAAGAAGAUGGUGGCUCGGCAACGGUAAGCAGGUAAAAGUGGUACUUGAUGUUGAUUCGAAGCAAUACAUGGUUAACCCUAAGAAACCUGUUAAUCCUUUUAUGGAAAAUGAGGAACCUUUAUUUGUACAAAAACCUAAUCAUCAUACAUAG